GAAGUCGUGAUGGCCGUGGCCUGGCUGCACGCCAGGGGCUACGUGCACCUCGACGUCAAGCCCGAGAACAUCAUGCUGUGCGGCGGCCGAUGGAAGCUCAUCGACAUGGACGGGUGCAUGCGCGCUGGCACGGAAGUCAAGUUGAACGAUUCCUCCGUCUCGUUCUCGCCGUGCUACUGCGCUCCCGAGUUUGCGCGCUUCGUCGUCAAAGGCGGAACCAUGACCGUGCAACCGAGCAUGGACGCGUGGAGCGUGGGGAUCACGAUCGCCGAGCUGGUUACCCUGAGCCCCCUGCUGCGGGAGCGGUACAAGGAGAUCACCGACGGCCAGCCGCGCCACGCAGGCAGCGCUCGCUUCCUGCGGUGGCUCGGGGCCGUCCAGGCCGCGCCGCUCCCGAGGCCACCCGCGUGGGCGGGAGAGGGCCGCUUCGAGGCCCUGCUGUGCGCCUGGCUGCUCGUGCCCAAUCCGGAGCGCCGGAGGACACUGGCGCAGAGCUUGAAUGCCCCGUACUUCCCGCGGAAGGACACGGAGUGAAAGCAUCCCUCCCGCGACGUUUCGGACACCAUGGCCACAGUGGCCCGCUACCUGGACAUCUCGCGGAGAGCAGCGAGUCGGGAUGA